GGCCCCAUUUAAGGCGCAUUACCGGAACUGGCUGAAGCCGGAGAGAGACGUGGAGUCGUCAAGUCGCAAGUAGAGCUCAAGUGCAGUUAAAAAGCAACCGUCAGCCAACCAUGAGGGAGAUCGUGCACCUGCAGGCCGGCCAGUGCGGCAACCAGAUCGGGGCCAAGUUCUGGGAAGUCAUCAGCGAUGAACAUGGCAUUGAUCCCACUGGCACCUACCAUGGAGAUAGUGACUUACAAUUGGAAAGGAUCAACGUCUACUACAAUGAAGCCUCAGGUGGCAAAUAUGUGCCUAGAGCUAUUUUGGUUGACUUGGAACCUGGAACCAUGGAUUCUGUAAGAUCUGGACCUUUUGGACAGAUAUUCAGACCUGAUAACUUUGUCUUUGGUCAAAGCGGUGCUGGGAACAACUGGGCCAAAGGCCACUAUACAGAAGGAGCUGAGUUGGUCGAUUCUGUCCUAGAUGUGGUAAGAAAGGAAGCUGAGAGCUGUGACUGUCUCCAGGGUUUUCAGCUUACCCACUCUCUAGGUGGGGGCACUGGAUCAGGGAUGGGUACCCUGCUGAUCAGCAAGAUUCGUGAGGAAUAUCCAGACCGUAUCAUGAACACCUUCAGUGUGGUACCAUCACCCAAAGUUUCAGACACAGUAGUGGAACCCUACAACGCUACUCUCUCGAUACACCAACUGGUGGAGAACACAGAUGAGACCUUCUGCAUUGACAACGAGGCUCUCUAUGACAUCUGUUUCCGUACCCUCAAGCUAACAACUCCCACUUAUGGAGACCUCAAUCAUUUAGUCUCUGUUACCAUGAGUGGUAUAACAACCUGCCUCCGCUUUCCUGGCCAACUCAAUGCUGACCUUCGCAAGUUGGCUGUGAACAUGGUUCCCUUUCCUCGCCUCCAUUUCUUCAUGCCUGGCUUUGCCCCUCUGACCAGUCGUGGCAGCCAGCAGUACCGAGCCUUGACUGUACCAGAGCUAACACAACAGAUGUUUGAUGCCAAAAACAUGAUGGCAGCCUGCGACCCUCGUCAUGGGCGUUACCUGACAGUAGCAGCUAUCUUCCGAGGCAGGAUGUCUAUGAAGGAAGUGGAUGAGCAGAUGCUGAAUGUUCAGAACAAGAAUAGCAGCUACUUUGUGGAAUGGAUCCCCAACAACGUCAAGACAGCUGUGUGUGAUAUCCCACCCCGUGGCCUUAAAAUGGCAGCUACUUUCAUUGGUAACAGCACAGCUAUCCAGGAGCUCUUCAAGCGCAUCUCAGAGCAGUUCACAGCCAUGUUCCGUCGCAAGGCCUUUCUCCACUGGUAUACAGGUGAGGGCAUGGAUGAGAUGGAAUUUACAGAGGCCGAGAGCAACAUGAAUGACCUGGUCUCAGAAUACCAGCAGUAUCAGGAUGCUACUGCUGAAGAAGGCGAGUUUGAAGAGGAGGCAGAGGAGGAAGUUGCAUGAAGAGCUCUCUACUCUACUCUAUUCUACUCUUCUCUUGUCUCUCUUCUCCCUUCCUGCCCAUUACUCCUCCUCUUUAUUUCCAACCAGUCUUCUGAACCAUAUUGGACUAUGUUGCCUGCAUUGGCAUAGUCUUGGAGCAUUCUAAGCCAACCUAAAGGAUCUUAACAGUGGAAUCUUCUAAGGCUUACCCGCCUGCCUGCCUAUCUCAAAUUCUGCAGGGUGGAGUCAUGCAUAUAGGAGUACUGUGUUGGUAUGAGGAGGAAGAACAGGCUUCUCAGUUGUAUUCAGGAAUGGCAGCCACUGGUAAUGUUUCUAGCUAAAAGCACUAAACAACAUAUUUUUCUCAUCUUAUCCUCUCCCAGUCCCCUCCUCUUUUCUUUUCCCUCUGCCCAAUAUCUCAUGCACAUCCCUCUGUGAUGUCUGUCUUGAGUGUUCUGUGCGGUCAUGUGAGUUUUUGUUUCCAAAGAUGAGUACACGCUAACUUGCAUUUGUUUUGCUCUUCUUCAUCCAUGUUGGGCUUAAAGGAAAGAUUAAUGGAACUGGGGGGGGAGGGUAGUUGAGGGGAAUGGGGCACAGUUCUUUAGCAUGAAACAUAGUCCCCCCCCCCUUUGAGUGUAUUUGUUAUGAAAGAAUUGUAUGUCUCCACAAUAAACUACUGAAAAAUAAUUCAGGCUAA